UUUACCGGAUAAUGGCUAUUGCAAAUUUUUAAAGUAUUGUUUUAGAAUUUUGUAUAUUAAAUAUAAUGUCCAGUAUUAUAGCAUUCGCAAAUAUUCUGUAAAUAUGCUGCCACCGGGGAGUUAUAGAAUCAAAAUAAUAAAUUACUGUAAUCCUCAUUUAAUCUGGGCAGACAAAGACAACGUUUUAGAGCAAAUUGGUAUCUAUGGUAUUGUACCAAAUGCAAAAACAUUAGCGUUCAAUCUAGAAACAAAUUCAUAUUGCUUCUUGGAGUUUGAUGUUGACAAGUGGCUGCCAGCUACAAGGAAUCUGAUGAAGGAGUUCUUUGCAAAGGCAACAGAGAUAUGGUUUUCGGUGAUACAUUUGGAUGAUGGUUGUAUAUUCGACGGAAAGCACAAAUACGGCGAUAUUUACGGCAAAACUAAAUCUGGACUACAAAAUCUGUCAACAUUUCUAACACAGUCAUCAUUUGGAACUAUUGAUAAGCGUGUGUUUCAUGAAAAGUUAUCACAGAAGCUGUACACCAAGCUGAAUUAUACAGACAUGAUAGAUAUAAUUAGAAAUCUUAAUGCAUAUUAUAAUAAAAUAACGAACAAAUUUCAAUUAUACGAAAAGGAUUUAUCUUUGAAUAAAGGUGAUGUGCUGGAAGAGGUCAAUUGGAAAUUCGAAGAGAAAGGUACAGACAAAGAUUAUGCUAUGAAAACGUUUUUGCGGAAAAUGGACGAAAAACCGAAGAAUAUGAGGAUGUUAAAGAAAUUGGAAAUGUUGAAAAUGUUAAAAAAGAAUGUGACAGAAACAGACAUUUCAUCAGCUAAAGAAGACAAAGAACUGAAUGUAAACAUCAAAGAAGAAAUUAAGAAGGAUAGUGUAAAUGUCAGACCAACGCGAAAGAAUCAAUUUAAAUUAUUAGAAUCUGAGAAAGCUUCCAAAAUGGAAAAUAAUGGCGAUGAUGAUAUUAAUGAUUUAAUGCAAUAUAUAAAUACAAAAUAUCCAAAAAGAAAUAUAAAAAUGUGUAAAAAUGACAUAGAAGAUGACAAAAUAGAUUUAAACACUAUAACCUCUUCGAUGUGUAGUUUUGUCGAAAAUGUAGUUAAGCCAGUUGUAAUGGUGCAUUCGAAGUUAAAAAAAAACAUAAAACCCAUAUUUACAAUGCGGGACAUACCAUUCAAUGAACACAUACAUAUUGUGUUAAAAAAUAUGUCUAUCGCGCAGCCAAUGAUGAUACAGUCCAUCACUUGGCAUACGAUUCUAAGGGGACACAGUAUUUUCAUCAUAGGCCCUAAGUUUUGCGGUAAAACUAUCGGGUAUCUGCCAAGUGUCUGCCGUUUAGUUAGUGAUGGGACACCUGAAAUGAGCAAUUGUCUUGGUCCUAUAUGUAUAAUCGUCUGUGCUACAGCUGAAUCCGUGACUCAAAUGGAGGAGAACGCGAAAAUGCUUCUUGGAUUAAAAGAACGGAUUCUAGCUGUUUUUCCUGGAGUAGAUGAUUUUUUUAUUAAUACGACUCUUCUGAAUGGGUGUGAUCUGAUUAUAUCCACACCAUCGGUUUUAGUUCGGUUGCUGCAAGAUUAUGGUGUUGACUUACGCAGGUUAGAAAUCAUCGUUCUGGAUGAUUGUGAACGAAUGGUCGAAGUUUAUAGAAGAGAACUUAAAUACUUUCUUUUCAAAAUUAAAGAGCUCGAAAGGUCCAGGUCUAAUAAGGAGCUUAAAGUUCAAUUUGUCGUUGCGUCCAGGAUUUGGUGUGAUUUUAUGGAACCGCUAGCAAAGAAAGUCCCUGAUGCUGUUAUAAGUAUUGGUGCAUUCCCGGAAUGCGUGAUCUAUUCGAAAGCGAAAAUGACAGUUAGCUUUGUGAAAGGUGAUAAAAUUGGGUCUGUGUUAGAGUUUCUGGACGAAAUCGAUGCAUCAAAGAAAGUAGUGAUUGUAUGUAGAUUGGAUGAUGAGGUGAAAAUUCUGGAGAAGGGGUUGAAAGGUCGCCAACAUUGCAUAUUUGCAUGUAAUAAUGAAAUGACUCCGUCGGAUCUUCACAAUCUUAAUUCGAGCUGGAAUGAUUGUGGCGCACCUUCGAUAAGUCCGAUUCUUAUUUGUACGGAUGAGAAUUUGUCCCAUCUAAAUAUUACCGAUGCAAAUUAUCUCGUACAUUACUCUUUACCCAAAGAAUAUUUCUUAUUUAGAAAACGAUUUUUCGUUUUGAACGACAAGUUCCCCUCGAUAUUUCAUUCGAACAACGAAUCUGUCAAAAUUAAAAUUAUCCUCGAUGAAGUGAAUACGGAGAAAUUACCGAAGAUUUUGAACUUCGUAAAGCGAUUCACUAAGGAUAUGCCACCUGUUCUGGAUGAAAUCUGCAAUAAGGUACUCGCUGAAAAGGAUUUGAUGAAGGCUGAAACAUUAGUUCCGAUUUGCGGUAACCUAUUAACUUUGGGUUAUUGCCCAGAGUUCUAUGACUGUCGUAAUCGUCAUGCGGUAUUAAAGGGCUUCGAUGAUCCACCUAACUGGGUUCCUCGACAUGGGGUUGUUACUUUUAAAAUCAUUCAUCUUCACACGGCUGUUAAUUACUCCGCUCGCCUGUUAACUCAUAUUGAUAAUAAUAAAGUGACCAAGUUCCCCGCGAUGCACACACUUGCCAUUAAAAUUGGAUUGUAUUACGGUAAUGUCGCGAAUAGACAACUCCACGGUGUACCAAAGGUUGGUGAUGUCUGCGCUGUAUCGGUGAAACUGGAUUCGUUCGCGAGGUGUCAAGUCGUAAAAAUUAUUUGCCGAACUCGCGGUUCCUACAAAGUGUUGGUAAAGCUAUUGGAUGAGGAGAAAUAUGAGGAAACAAGGGAUAUAUAUUUAUAUCAUUUGCCACAGAGUCUAAUUUCUAUUGAAACGUAUAUUGUCCAAAUUCGUUUGGUAAAUCUCCAACCGAAAGAUAAUGAUGUGACGUUUUCAGCACUGGCUCUAGGUAACAUUAAGAGCCUUGUUGAUGAUGAAGCUUCUUACGUAAGAGGUCAUAUUGCUGGUGUAAUUGGAAACUGUCUCUUUCUUGAUACAUUAGAAGUAUGUGAAUACCUUAGAUCGUUAAACCAAGUCAUUAUGAAGCAUGACUUGAAACAGGAACUUCUACAAAUACAUGCAGAAGAAUACCCUGAGCAUAUUAAUAAAAUUAAAGAGCUGUGUGGUUCAAACUUUCCAAUGGAAACCCCAGCAAUGAACAACACUAAGGAAAAGAACACUGGCACUUGGGCGCAUCUGAAUAUUGGUGAAUUGGAGGGAGUUUUUAUUACUUCCGUAAUAAAUCCCGAGCAAUGCUUGGUACGUGUUAGUAAAUUCGAACCGUGCAUGCAGUCUUUAUUAAAAGAUAUUGAAACAUAUAUAGACAGCAACCCGGAACCGUUGUUAGAUGCGGAAGUGGGUGAUAUAAUACUGGCGAAAUUUCCCAACGACGAUAUAUACGAACGCGCGAGAGUCGAUAAAAUUGAUGGGAACAUGAUAAAUUGUUUCUUUGUGGAUCAAGGCGACUCGGCUUAUGUUCCAUUGAAAUACGCGAUACCUAUAACAGACACAUUGAUUAAUAAACUGUCUUUCCAAAGCAUCGAAUGUCGUCUAAUAGGUGUUAAACCAGCGGGAUAUGUUUGGACAGAUUUCUGUAAUACAUGGCUAUCGAACUACGCGGAUGAGGGAACAAAGUACUUCUUCGCUAAACCUUUUAAUAAACAACCGGCCAUUACUACCGGUGGCUAUAAAUAUUCCAUCGCGUUAGUAGAUACAAGUUCCAGCGCUGAUAUUAUUAUUAAUCAGGUAAUGCUGGAUUUAAACAUAGCAAGCCCAUUGGAAGAUGAAAUUGAUUAUCUUAAAGACGUAGUGCCAAACACGGGAACACCUGAAGAUUGGGAAAGGCUAGACAUAGCAACACCAGAUAUUCCAGAUUCCUCGUCUAUGCCUAAACUGAUACGAUCAGUGCCUUUAAUUGCGUCCGAUUCUGAUUCAAACCAAUCAGAUCCUUGGGAAAUGUACAACUUGACAGACUUUACUUCCCACUUAAAGCAACCUCAAAAGACAAAGCAAGGUGAACAUAAUCUUCCAGCAAUAAAGCCUUUAGCUGAUAAUGGCAAUACAUUCAUUUCAACUGAUAGAACAAGCUCUAUUGAUCUUUCAGUAUCUAUAAGUAACGAUUUAGUUUCAGACGACACCGCGUCUUCGACAAAACCACAAUGCGCCAUCCUUGAUGAAACACGACAGCCGAAGCUCCUAUGGCGUCAGGAUAAAGCAUUUGUGCACAUAAAAAUACAAUUAAUUGGCGUAGAAGAAUACGAAAUGACAAUUAAUGAACGAUCGUUAAAAUUCUCGACACUUUUGCAUGAGACGAUGUACGCGUUUGACUUUGAACUUUACGGCGUUGUUGACGCGUGUAAAAGUUCACAUUCCAAUAAGGGGCAAUAUAUUAUGGCGAAGCUGGUGAAAGUUUUGCAUAAAAAUUGGAGUACUCUUGGAAAUUUCGAGGGCAUUAAGCGAUGGAUUGUCUAUGAUGUUGACCACCUGCAUGCGUCGUCCGAUGAAGAAGCCGUGGAUGAUUCUGUAGUUGAAAUUGCUAAGGAAUUGCACGAGAGUGAAGAUACAGAUAGUGAUGGUGAUUUAGAAUUUAUAUAUAAUUAAUUAUUGCGGACUGUGUCAAAAUUUUUAUAUGUAAUAUAGUCCAGGUCAGUCAAAGGCCAGGCUUUUUUAAGCAUAUCAAUCUAUACUUGGUUACUUAAUUUUAUGUAGGUAUUAUAGUUUUAAGUUUUAAAGCAGUGGAUUCAGCGAACAAAAUGCAUGUGUAUUCCACCAGUAUUAUAUAGAAUUGAUCAUAAAUCUUGGCAAUUUCGUAGCUCAAAAAAGCCUUAUUUUGACCUGUUUCAGUUUUUUAAUCGGCUUCUAAAUGGAGGUUUCUCAUUUAGACCGUAUCUGAUUCUUCUUUGUUGGAAAGGAUCCAUCCAUCAGAAAUCGAGGGGAUACUUUCGAAAACAUUUAUGGCGUCUAGCACGUUUUUAGAGCUUUUUUAAAAUACUAUUAAAUAAAGAUCUGGAGUCGAUCUGACGAACUCCUUAACAUUUUACAGCCAUUUAAUAAUUUUUAGUUUCCAGUGCGUUUUUUAUGAAAUAACGUACGUAUAUAAAGUACGUAAAUAUCCCCUUAAAUAAUUGUACCUCCCUAAAACCCCUAGGUCAAAAAAGGUCAAUCAUUUAUUUCAAUUAGGCCCAUUAGAAACUCAAUACUUGCUUUUAACAUAAUAUUAACAAUAUUUAUUAUACAUUCUUUGAUGUAAUAGCUAGGUACCUGCUAGAAGAAAAUAGGCAUAUGAAAAACGAUGCAGCAGACAAUUAAAUUAUGGACAUACAUGUGACAAAUAUUGCGACUAUGUAUUUUACAUUAUUAUAAAAUAAUUAACAUACAGUCAAACAGUAUGUGAGCUAUGCCAAAAUUUAUGAUUUUUUCUGUUGGUUUUAUCUAGCUUUACCUUUCAAUCGAGGACCAUUACAUGUUGAUUCUCCCUAAACUAGUGGAGGAAACUCCCAAGUUGGUAUUACUGAACAGACGUUAUGUGCCACGUCUUGUCCAUUUACCGUAUUGAUUUUAACGUAUUUAUUCGUAGUUAUAAGAUUUUAGUGGGAAUAAUUAAAAAUAAUAUUUUUUUUUUUGUUUUUGGAAGCGUGACUGAAACUUUGUAUAUUGAA